AUGUGCAGCACCGCGGUGCCCGUCCCCACCGUGCGUGACACCGCCAUGACUGUUGCUGGUUUGGAGGAAGCCACGCACGUUACUGUCGUGAGCGUUGCUGCCAAGGAGGAAGCCGUCGUAUGCAUUACUGUCGUUGAGAUGACGAGGACUUGUGCCAAUAACUCGAGCUUGAGUAAUGGGAACACAAAGGCCUUCGGGGAGUCUUUCAAGACACUCGGGGCCAUGACUCAAAUGAUGAAGGACUAUAUGUCGGUCCCGGUUGCCUCUGCCCCAAACCAACAUGACAAUGGAUUGAUUGAGAGGUUUAGGAGACUUAAAGUGAGACUAGGGACCUUUAUGUUAGAAGGGGAUGCUGAGCACUGGUGGAGUUCGGUGAGGCAAUCUUGGGAAGAGAUAGGGAUUGUGGCAACCUGGGAAAGUUUUCUAGUGGCAUUUAAUGAGAAGUACUUCCCUGAUUCAAUUCGAGAAAGGAAAGAAGUGGAACUCAUUGAGUUGCGGUGCGGGAGACUAUCAGUGGUGCAGUAUGCAGCUAAAUUUGCAGAGCUCUCCUGCUAUGCACCACUUAUCAUCAAUACAAAAGCGUGUAAGGCGAGCAAGUUUGAGUGGGGCCUCAGGCUAGAUAUCCAAGGGAGAAAAAUGUCAGUCAAUCUUAAGACAUUCUCCCCAUUAGUUGACUUAGCCCUGAAGAUUGGGAGAGAUUGUGAAGAGUUCCAAUUGAGAAGGGAAGGGAGAGUAAGGUCUGCUCCGUCUGGUGGUUUUGGGAGUAAGACUUGGCCGCCUCCUAGAAAAGACUUUAGGGGAAGGCCUACUCAGGGUAAUGUGAAAAUCCAAAUGACCUUCCUGGGCGAUGUGAGUGAUAACUGGCGCCCGACCUGCUCAUACUGUGGAUUGAAUAAUCACUCUUCGACUGAGCGCUACAAGAAGUUGGAGAAAUGUUAUCGAUGUGACAAGCUGACCACCUGA